UAAGUCAAUUGCGAAAUCCAAAAAGCGAUGACGGAUCCGGAUUCGCUACCGAGCCCGUCGUCCGCCCCGCCAAACGCGUCCUGGAGCUUAAAACCACGCCGUUCUCUCCCAUCCCGGCGUCCGUCCUUCCAGCGCCGUCCAUCCUCCUCCGCCGCACCACCUUCUCUCGAGCUUCCCUCCGGCUCCAGCUCCGGCUACGUUAGCUUCCGUGACCUCAUCCUGCCUCCGCCGUCGUCCCCUUCUCCGUCAAUCCACUCCCCCACCACCGACGAGAUCGAGCUCCCCAUCUCCAACCCUCUCGUGAAACACGCCGCCAAAGCUUACCUCCAGCCCACUCCUUCUCCAUCUCUCUCCGGCCGCCGCCGCCACCGCCCUCUCUGCUCUUGUUUUGACUUCAUCGCCCUCCUUUUCCGGCCCCAUCACCACGAUCUCUGAUCCCGAGGCACCCUUUCUUCUUCUUCUUCUUUUUUUUUUAAAUAAUAAAUAAUUUUUUUUUUGUAAUUCUUUGUAGAGAGAUUUGUGAAUGUAUAGAGAUCGGAGAGACCAACAAAAGAAUGCUGAACGACUUUUGUUUUUUUUUUUGUUUUUUU